AUGCUGCUGGUAAAGCUGCAGCAGCUCUUCAGGGUCCACCAGGUGCCUCAGAUCUUCUGGGAGGAUGGGAUCAUGUUGGGGCACUGGCAUCCCAAGAGUUCAGCCCUUCACUGUGUCCUCAGCUCCUUUCAGAUGAUGAUUGAGACAGUUUGGACACACUUCCUGCUGCACGUUCGCCUGCGUGGUGCCUGCACGAUGCCAGACUCCUGGGUCAGCAAUGUCUGGCACCGUUGCCUUGUCCCUGUGGCUGUUUUGAACUCCUUCAUCUCCACUGGCCUCUCUUGCUAUUCCCAGUAUGACAACAUCCUGCUCUUCUACCCGUAUCCUUCUCCUGACUCCCUCUUCACCCAGUCUGUGCCUUAG